CUCUCGCGUCUUCGUGCUUGCCGAAAUGAUUGUACUUUUUCUUUUGUCAAUCUUAUUGACGUUGGUUAUAUCGCAAAUUUAUUUCAACUUGAAGAAAAAUUAUGAAUUGAUCAAUAAAAUACCGGGACCCCCGGCAUUGCCGUUGAUCGGUAACCUAGCACUUUUCAAUGUUCCGAUGGAUGAAGUAUAUAAUGUUCUCCGGGAAAUUAAUAAGAAAUAUUAUCCUUUGACAAGGAUUUGGUUUGGUCCUUUUCCUACGGUCACUAUUCAUCAUCCAGAUGAUUUAGAGGUUUUACUGUCUAGUAAUACACAUAUUGAAAAGGGACCCUCUUACAAGAUUUUCAGACCAUGGUUAAAAACUGGCCUUCUUACGAGUACUGGUAGUAAGUGGCAUCAACGUCGAAGAAUUCUCACCCCUGCGUUCCACUUCAAAAUUUUACAAAAAUAUUUAGAAAUAACCAACGAGAAAGCAAUAAAAUUUAUAAAAGCUUUAAGAAAUGAAAAUAAAGAAACCGUUCAGGACCUAUUGCCAGUUUGCACGAAUUACACGUUGAACAUAAUUUGCGAAUCCGCAAUGGGAGUACCAUUUGACAAAGUUGACGAAAAUGUUCAAGAAUACAAAAGAGCUGUUUUUACCAUAGGUGACAUACUGAUGUAUAGAGCUGUAAGACCAUACAUACAGGAGUGGAUGUUGACCCCACUGAUAAAACUUGGUCGGUUACAAAAACAAACUCUUAGUAUUCUACAUGCAUUUACUGAUAAAGUUUUGCUAGAUCGCAAAGAAUAUCACGAGCGAACUGAUUAUAAAGAUUUGAGAGACUUUAGUAAUUCUGAGGCAAAUUCAGAUAAUUUAUCAAUAGGGAGUAAAAGGAAAAAGUUAGUUAUGCUGGAUCUUUUACUGAACGCGGAAAAAGAUGGCUUGAUAGAUCGCGAAGGGAUCAAAGAAGAACUGGAUACUUUUAUGUUUGCAGGUCACGACACAACAGGUAUGGCCUUAGUUUACAGUUUAAUGUUGUUAGCUGAACACGAAGAUAUCCAGGAAAAAGUAAGAAACGAAGUGAUCGGUGUUCUCAAUAAAAGUAAAGGAGAAUUAGGUAUAUCAGAAAUCCAAGAAUUCCAUUACCUAGAAAGGUGUAUCAAAGAAACACUCCGGCUGUAUCCGCCUGUGCCAGCUUUGUCCCGCCGACUGAAAGAAGAUUUAGUAAUAAGAGGAUACCUGGUCCCAGCUGGAACGGAAGUGGUCUCGCACAUGAUCGAUCUUCACAGAAAUCCCGACUAUUGGCCUGAACCAGAAAAAUAUGAUCCCGACAGGUUUCUUCCUGAGCGCGCCCUCAAACGCCACCCAUAUUCAUACAUACCGUUCAGCGCUGGCCCUCGUAAUUGCAUAGGUCAGAAAUUCGCUCUGAUGGAGUUAAAGUGCUUGUUAGCUCGUAUUUUAUACAACUUUCAGUUGAAAACUGUGACGAAAAGGACGGAUAUGAAGCUAACGCUAAAUUUAGUUGUACGACCGACGCAACCAGUAUACGUGAAAUUCGUAAGAAUCGAUAAUAAUAACUAAGUUUGCCAAUCAACUGGUGCACUACGAGAGCAUAUAGGCAAAAAGUUAUGCAACUUCUCUAUAUAAAUAACACUGUCUUUAUUCAAUUAAACUCACUAUA